CGCAGUGCAAUAAGCUCCAAUUGAUUGCGGCAGCCAGGCGUCGACAUGCCGGGAAGCUGGACCGCUGGGGAUGCUGUGUUGCAGAUACCAGCAAAGGUGACGCCUGUAAACCCUGCAGUGUAUGACAGGCAACAAUACAAUGGGUCAUGUGAGGAGUGAGUACGCAGGAGACAUGGAGAUGGACGAAUACUAUGCAGCAUAUGAUUACCCAGAUACAACUAACAACACAGGAUAUGAGCCUGGAGUGAUUCCUGAUCCAGGGCUAUCAGUGACAAGGCAGCAGAUUGAACCUGAAGAGGUUGUGUUACCUGAUGACAGCUUGGCAGACACUGACUUGCAUGAUCAUGACCUCAUUGACAGUGUCAUGUAUAUCUACUUCGGAUCAUCUUCACACACUGAAGGAGGAACUGGCAAACAGAUACUGAUUGUGGGAGCCGCUAUCUCUCUGGUGGCUCAAUUUUUAUCCCUGACAACAGCUCUACGUAGGCUACGCUCCAACCCACAUGAUCCUGCAACAUUUAUAUUCAUCAACACAGAACUGUCAUUGUUUACCAGUAACUUGAUCUUCAUGCUCGGUGUGCAGGCUACUGGGAAGCAGCACUGGUGUGAAGGCGUGGCACUCCUGCUGCAUUAUCUGCACUUAGUUGCAUGUUGCUGGCUGUUCUCAAUAGGGGUACUGGCAUACCGACGUCUCACUGAGGGCCCUCGCCAUUCAGGAUUGCGUCUUCAUUGCACCCUAGCAUGGCUCCUACCAGCAAGUAUUGUAACGAUGUGCUAUGCGCUGAAUCCACAUGGGUAUGAGACCCACCGCUAUUGCUGGAUGUCUGUUGUGAGGGGGAUGCUGCUAUCCUACAUGGUCCCAGUUGCCUCACUUAUCUUGGCAAAUACUAUUUUGUCAGUGCUGGGACUCCGACUGUUGUCACGAUGUGAUGUUGACCACAAGUUCUGCUUGCUAGAAAAAAGCAACACUAGUGAAGAGGCACUGCGCAAGUCUUUGAGAAUGGCUGCCAUGCUGCUCCCAUUGUUUGCAGUGGUUUGGUUCCUUGGUGUAUUGGCACUUGAGAAUCCUUCCACCCUUAUCUUUCCAGUGUUAUUUGCUGCUGCCAACUCCUUUCUUAACUGGCUCCUGUACCUAUGUUCAUCAAUGGUGCUACCUCCAUUGCUGGUGUUAGAAGAGGAACAGAGAGACCGCAAGAUGUCAGAUACUGAACCACUUCUGUCCUCAGACACAACUCCUGUUCACGCACCAAGCCCUACAUGCCUAGUUACUGCAACCGCUAAUGGUGGAGAACUACUAGAACUCAGACUCGAUUCUAUCAGUACUAUCAGCUCAUGAAAAUGUUCACAACAAGGACCUUAAUACUCUGCAUUCCAUCAACAGUUGAUGAUCAUUUACAGAUGAAUUCUUUCAUAGCUGAACUCAAAUGUCAGCAUCUGUGUAACUGGAGUUCCUGGAAAUAAAUAUAGACCGGCAAGUGAAUUCACAGACACAGAUAACCCCAAGAUCACUAGAAGUGAUUUUAAUUAAAGAAAGUUAACUGCUGGAUAAUACAUCUAUUUAAUGAAGAUAUCCAAAGAAAAGUACCAAUUAAGUCUCAUGACAAUCUCUGUCACUGGAGUUUUAGACAUUCAUUUAAUGCUUUGUGAACUAUAUUGCAUAUUCCUUAUAAUUUUCUUCUUAUGAAGUACUGUGCCAGUGAAUGCUAGAAUACAAUCCCUGCAAAUCUCCAUCAUGAAGUUAUUAGAAAGUCCAUUUAAUUCGACAAGGGCCAAAGUAUGGAGGGCUUCUGUCAUCCAUCAGAAAUGUGUAUACAAUACUGGCUGUUACUGUCAUUCCACAUUUGUGAUCUUCUACACCUUCCUCUAAUUUAAAAUUAGAUCCAUCCAUUGGUUCUUUUGUUUUUCACUUAUAAUUCCAUGCUUCUUCUAGACAGCUUCCUUUCAAACUAUUAUACUUUCAUCUCUAACUUCUUGAACCCUUUGCCAUUCCAUUUGUAUCAGCAGGGCUUUGCAUCAUCAGCCCAGUUUUUUUUUCUGGAUAUUCCAUGUUUAAGUAAGAUUUAGUAUAAGUGUCAGGGUUCUUUAGUAUCUUCUUCUAUGUUAGGGGGGAACUAGGUAAUAUCUUUAAAUUUCCUGCUUGUCUCAAUCAUAUGUCUUUUCAUCUUCCUUAUGAUGCGUCUUAAAAUGUAAUAUUGUUUGUACUUUAGUUCACCUGCUUGAUUGUUUAUGUUUCAACAUGAUGUAUCAUUGGUUUAAACAUUUGUAAUUUACACUGCCUUGGAAUCCCAUCAUUGCAGGGUGUAUGAAUGCCACUGGAUUCUUCUCUUCUGAUCUCAUCCAUUAUCCUUUCUUGUAUUGCUAAUAUAACUGUGUAAACAUGUAAACGUUGUCACUUCAUUUACCAGCAAAAUAUGGUUCCACAUCUGUUAAACAUUAUCCCAACUUUCUGUAAUUUUCACAGCUGUCUUGAACAUUUGAAAUACUUGUUCUCCCUGCUAUAGUUCUGUUUGUAAAGAAGAGUUUUCAGGCUACAUUUCUUACCUAUCCUUCUGGCUUUAGUAAAGAGAUCAUCCAGUUCUACUUUAAAUAAACAUGAUAUCCCAUUACAUGGUUUCAUUCCACAAUUUUUAUUCUUGGACCAAUCCAGGAACCCAGGGAACAUCCUACCUUGUGCAGGCAUCCUUGUGAAUGAAAAGUUGUAAGCAUUUAACAAGGUAACCGGUAUGAUGUUUCUAUGAAUCAUCAUUCAUAUAUUCAUCAAAUCAAGGCCAAGAGUCACAAACUCUUAACAAUUAUAUUUUUCAAUAAUGUUACUCUGUGUUCACUGAAGGCACUAAAAAUUAAAAGAAACUAAUCUCUAAUACUUUAACAUGGAAGCAAAAACAGUGUUAUUUGUGUUAAUUUCUGUUUCUGUCCAUAUCACCAAGAAAGCAUCACAAAGCCCACAAGUAACUUUUCCUAGGCAAGUUAAAAAACAUAUUUAUCUUUAUAAAACAGCACCUUAAUUUGUCAUCUGUGAUGACAUAAAUACUGAUUAUCUUACUGAAAGUUACCAGGAACCAUGUCCAAGCUCACUAACAUCCUUCAAUUUAUGAGAACAUCAAUAGUUGGACUCCCCACAUACAAUACUACCCCCCCCCCAAACUCUCAAUCAGCCAGCCCACAAUUUGCAUUACAGUGGAUGCUGCUAAUCGAUUGUAAAUUGAGUUUAAGUUAAUCAGAUUAAAUUGUAUUUUAUGAAUCAGGUGGAACACUUUUACUUAGGUAUGACAUAUUAUCUGAGAUGUAGCUGUAUUUGUGUGUUCGAAACAAAAUUUAUUUUAUGGCUUGUUCAACAUUCUUAGCUUAGGCCUAUGAAGUCUCUAUAGACUGCAAAUAAAUUCUAUACUUUUGUAUUCUAUCAAAUCACCAUCAUUCCUGAUUCUGUUAAUUUGAUGUUUCAGUAACGGAUGUUAUAUUAAGUGAAUGUAGACUUGUCAUGUAUAGAAUUACAACACUAAUAAUAAUUUUAUGAGCUGAAA